AGGAGAAUGAAUAAUGAGGACUACAGCUCCACUUUCUUCUUCACUGGAGGAUUUUUAACUGGAUUUUACUUCCACUGAGUUAGCACUUUCAAACUGGAUUUUUUUCCUGUUAUCAACCUCUAGCUGCGCAACUGCUCUCUGGUCCAUAACAGUGGAAAUGCCGUAUAGUUUCCCAGUCCAAGACAUGGUUUCCUGAGUGGCCCUACCACCUACACAUCACAAGGGGUAAGACCAGUCUAUCCUGGGCCAUGACUGCUCUUCACAACGUCAGUGUUUCUGGGACUACGGCCGUUCUGCUGACGACUACAGAUUCUCUGUUUAACCUGACUGCAGCGGCUCAGGCAGGACUCGAUACAGGCCAGUCACUGGCCCCUCUCUGCACCCUGUGUUGCUGUGGAUUUCUCAAUCGUACUUUGGCAGUGGUGUUCAUGGUCAGCCUGGCAUUUGCUAUUGUGGUUGGAAAUGUGGUCACCCUUACUGUCUUUGUGCAAACGAGGCAGUCCCGAACACCACAGGGAUACCUGAAAGUGUCUCUGGCCAUAGCAGACAUGAUGGUCGGUGUCCUCGUGGUCCCUUUCUGCGUCUACACUGAGAUCUCUCUCAUGGUGACCAGCUCACCACCCAUUUGGUACCAGGGUAGUUCUACUUUCCUUGACACCUCUUCUUCUCUCGGGGGGCUGGUGAGCCCUUGGCAGCCCUGCAUGCUGAUUGGCCCCGUGUUUGCUGGAUGCACCUUUGUCUCCAUCAGCACCAUCUUCCUCAUGACACUGGAGCGAAGCGUGGCCAUCCUACGGCCACUCCACAAGGACGCCUUGGUGACGCGGAGACGAACUCUGCUCCUCAUCCUGCUCUCCUGGGCUGCCAGCUUCCUGCUGGCUCUUGCACCCCUCAUCUUCAGCAGCAACUUCACUUUGGAGUACAAUGAGUGCAGUCGUAUGUGUAACUACACCCCACUAAUGUUUGGCGGCCAGCUUCCACCUGAUGCCAACAUUUUGCUGUUAUUCCCAGCCUUUGACUUCACACUGCUUGGUGGCACAUUAGCAGUUAACAUUGUGUCUUUCACAAGCAUACGAAGGUACUCUCGAAAACGCAAACUGCUCUCAGAGGGGAGUCUGAAUGACGGAGGGGGAGUGGGAGGAGGAGGAGGAGGGGGAGGGUGCCCUCACAGGCCCUCCUUUUCAGACAUUAAAGCUGCCAAGACGAUUGGCAUACUAACAUUCGCCUUCACAGCAUCCUUCUCUCCCAUCGCAGUAUUUGUGCUCGGGAACGUGGUGGGAUACACCUGGUGUAACUUUUCCUUUUUUGCCUUCUGGAUCCUGACAGGAAACAGUUGCUGCAAUGUUAUUAUCUACAGUGUCAGGGACCACCGCUUCAGGAAAGGUGUGACCCUGCUCUUUCAGCGAGACCGCUCCCACCCACAUGGUGAGAAGGCCUGAGAGACAUGUGCAUGCUUUGAUGCAGCUUUUUAUUAAGUUUGAUUUUAAAGGAAUAGUUUGACAUUUUGAGGAAAUAUGCAUAAUUACGUUCUUGCCAAGAAGAUAGAUGCCACGUCUGCGUGGUAAAUAUCUACCUGGAGCCGGGAGCUGGUUAGCUUAGCUUAUCAUAAAGACUGGAAACAGGGAAACAACAAGCCUGGC